AUGAGUAAAGAGAGUAUGAUUUCUGAAAAAAGAAUAGCAAUCAAAUUUGUUCUUGUUGUUCUUUCUUGUGUGUUUGUUUCAGGAGACGCGGAAGUGAGAUGCAUCGAGAGUGAGAGAGAAGCUCUUCUUAGCUUCAAAAAUGGCCUCAUCAACGAUGGUGUUCUCUCGUCGUGGCGAAGCAACGAAUGCUGCAAAUGGCAUGGUGUGGAGUGCAGCAACACCACUGGCCAUGUCAUCGCCCUCAAAUGUGAUCAUUUUGGAUUGGGAGGUGAGGUUCGUUCUUCAUUGCUUGAGUUGCAUCAUUUAAAUCAUCUUGAUCUCAGUGGGAAUCAAUUUGGAUCCGUUCCAAUUCCAGAAUUCAUUGGGUCUAUGAAACAAUUACAACACUUGUCUCUUGAGCAUUCUGGCUUUCAUGGGAAAUUUCCUCCUCAGUUAGGGAACCUUACCAACCUACGCUCACUUGCACUUGGUUGGAAUGGUUUUGAGACUGUCCCUCCUGAGUUAGGGAACCUUACCAAUCUACGGUCACUUGACCUUAGUGGGAAUUAUCUGAGGAUCGUUCCUCCCCAAUUGUGGAACCUUACCAACCUACGCUCACUUGAUCUUAGUGGGAAUGAUUUUGGAGGCAUUUCAAUCCCAGAAUUCAUUGGUUCCAUGAAACAAUUGCAACACUUGUCUCUUCAUGAUUCUAUAUUUUCUGGGGUUGUUCCUCCACAGUUUGGAAACCUCACCAAUCUACGCUCACUUGAUCUCUCGUUUAACUCUUUGACUUCAAUGUCUCUUUCUAUACUUGGUUUUGUGUUGGAAUCACUCCAAAUACUAAACUUGUCUGGAAAUCAAUUCAACGGAUCAAUCCCAGACCUGACACCAUUUCCUUCGUUGACAGACUUGGACCUCUCCGGAAACAACUUUACAGGUCCCAUUCCUCUGAGUCUUGGCCAACUCUCUGAGCUUCAAUAUCUAUAUCUUUAUCAUAAUUCUUUGGAAGGUUUAGUGUCUGAAUCCCACUUCAUAAAGCUUGAUAAGUUAACUACACUGGAUUUAUCCUACAAUCCAUUAUUGAACUUGGAUAUUGCCCCUGAUUGGAGUCCUCCUUUUCAGUUGAGUAUUAUAUCUUUAGCUCAGUGCGAUGUGGGUCCAUAUUUUCCAAAAUGGAUUCGAUCUCAGAAGAAUUUGUCAUCCCUUUAUCUCAGUGGUGCCAAUAUAAGAGAUGAAGCCCCCAUAUGGUUGUGGAAUACGUCUUCCUUAUUAUAUAUCAGUCUCUCCGACAAUCAAAUAAGUGGUUCGAUUCCGAAUCUCUCAUCCACCUCCAUCGUGUUUAUGGAUCUUAGUUACAAUCAAUUCUCAGGUCUUAUACCAUUAUUUCCUGCAACUACUUUUGAGAUUCACUUGAGUGGAAAUAUGUUUUCCGGUUCAAUUUCAUCUAUUUGUGAAACACACCACGAUCAGCUUGAGGCUCUUCGCCUCUCCAAUAAUCUGUUGGAAGGACAGGUUCCCAACUGCUGGGAGAAAAUGCCGGAAUUGUACUCCAUCAAUUUGGCUAACAACAAAUUUUCAGGUGAAAUACCUGGCUCUUUGGUCGAGUUACAAAACCUUUUUUCCCUACAGAUGCAUGGUAAUAAUUUAUCUGGUGAGUUGCCUUAUAGUUUGAGACAUUGCCAAACAUUGAGUGUCUUUGAUGUUGGCGGGAACAAGUUAACUGGAGAGAUCCCCACAUGGAUUGUAUUCCUCCCCAAAUCUGCAAUCUUACUGAUAUUCAAGUUUUGGAUUUAUCAGUAA